AUGGCUUCCAGAAGCAUGUGGUUGCUUCUCCUGCUGAGCUGGGUGGCCAGCACUGAGGUCCUGGGCGAUGUCUUGGGCCCGGCCUGUGCUGCUGGAUGGUUUUACCAUGGCUCCAGUUGCUACGGAUACUUCCGGAAGCCAAGGAGCUGGUCUGAUGCUGAGCUCGACUGUCAAUCAUAUGGCAAUGGGACCCACUUGGCAUCCAUCCUGAACGAAAAGGAGUUCAGGAUCAUAGCCAAGUACAUAAGUGGCUAUCAAAGAAACCAGCCUGUCUGGAUUGGCCUGCGUGACCUGCAGAAGAAGCAGUACUGGCAGUGGAUCGAUGGAGCCACAUACUUUAAUAGACUCCGGAGCAGCCCGUCAGUGGACGGGAACAAGCAUUGUGCACAGCUCAGCCACACAAGCAACUUUUUAACUUGGAGCAGCAAUGAAUGCAACCUGCGCCAACACUUCCUGUGCAAGAGCCAACUAUAG